CCUGUUUGUCAGCGGGGUUUUUUUUUCUGUUGGCCUCUUCGGUGAAACUGGUUUCUUAACGUCUGAGUUUAGCUAGCUGACACCUGCGACGGUUUCCCCUUUAAACGCGGAAACUGUUUUACCUGCAGCAUUAAAGAUGGCGGCAGCCUAGGAGCAGUUAUUUUUUAUUUGCUCGUCGUACAGUUUAUGUGGACGGAACCGGUUAUGUUGGCUACCUCAGGAAAACUGCCAGAUUCGGGCUGAGUUUCUGGUAUGACGGGGACUGGAAGAUAGUAACGCUCAUUUUAGCCAAUAAACGGUGAUGACAAGCGUUUAAAAACCAUAAACGACAGGUCAGCAUCUUAAGGUCCAGAGGUCCAUCACAGAUUUUCAAAUGAAAAUGGAGGAAAAGCCCCUCUCUGGCCCAGACAACACCAGGCUAGAGGCCCUGAUCCAAGACGUGUACUCUGAGCUGGUGGAAGAUGCGUGUUUGGGCCUGUGUUUUGAGGUGCAUCGCGCCGUUAAACAGGGCUAUUUCUUCUUGGAUGAAACGGACCAAGACAGCAUAAAGGAGUUUGAAAUAGUGGACCAGCCAGGAGUGGACAUAUUUGGUCAGGUGUUUAAUCAGUGGAAGAAUAAAGAGUGUGAAUGUCCCAACUGUAAAAGGUUAAUAGCAGCUUCUCGCUUUGCUCCUCAUCUGGAAAAAUGUCUGGGCAUGGGACGCAACAGCAGCCGCAUCGCUAACCGCAGAUUAGCCACCAAUAACAACAUCAGCAAAUCUGAGAGUGAUCAGGAAGAUAACGACGACCUUAACGACAAUGAUUGGUCGUACGGAGCGGAAAAGAAAGCCAAGAAGAGAAGGCCAGAUAAGAAUCAGAACUCUCCAAGAAGAUCCAAAUCUCUGAAGCAUAAAAAUGGCGAGCUUGGGACUAGCCUUAGUUCGGAUCCCUACAAGCAGUACAACUACAACGCUGGCAUCAGCUAUGAAAGCUUGGGACCAAAUGAAAUCAGAUCUUUAUUAACAACACAAUGUGGGGUGAUCUCUGAGCAUACCAAGAGGAUGUGCACAAGGUCUCAUCGAUGUCCACAGCACACAGAUGAUCAGAGGAGGGCCAUCAGGUUGUUCCUCCUGGGGCCGUCCGUGCCGACGCUUCCUGAUGCUGAUGUGGAAGGCGACAGCUUUGACAUUCCCAAUGGUCAGGCCUUACUGAGCCGCCUGCAGUGGGAGGACUUCCCUGACGUCUCCCCCACUGACUCGGCCUCAUCAAAAGCCAGCACCAAUCAUUCAGAUUCCAAGAGGCCCAAAAAGAAGAAGAGGUUGGAUCUGAGCUUGAACAGUGGAGGAGGAGGAGUAAAUAUGACUGGAGUCAGCAGCAGCAGCUGUCAGAGUAAUAUCAGCUUAUCAACCAAAAAAAAGAAGCCCAAAACAGCAGCACCUUCUGUUUCCAGCAUCUAUGAUGAAUUAAACUAGCAUGGACCUGCUUUUCAUGCACAGGUUUAGGAUAUGACUUAUCUUUGAAUGUAGGGCUCCUCCUUCUUCAUCAAAACUCUCACUCAUCUACUUCUACAGGCCAGUUACAUUGAAUUGCAAAUUUCCAGUUAUAUACAAGAAGCUUCAGAUUUAUUUUUAAAUUAAUAGGACUAGAAAAUCAGGGGGUUUCACAAUCAAUUUCAACCCAAAAACAACUUUGCUGAUAAGUUUUCCAUAUUUCUUAAAAGAAGAAAAAAAGAGACCUGGAUCAAAUAAUUAUGAUUUAUUACAUAGGAAAAAAAUAUUAUGUAGCUCCUUGUCAGAGUUGUCAAACCCAUUUUGACAUCUAUGAAAUGAAUCUGGAUUUCAAACUUCUUUUCACCUUUAAUGCAACACAUAUCUUGUAUAAUUAGAAAUGUAACAAAUCUUUAGUAGAAGUCAUUAUCAAUCCGGGUCCUUGCUUGAGAAGCACUGUUUUUUGGGGGGAAUAUAAAAAGUAAAGAAGUUAAAACAGUAUGCAUGCACCCAAAAUUUUACUUGUUUUUUUUAUUUUUUUAAAGCACCUUUUGGUUAACUUUCAGCAUGCCACAUUUCUCAGAAAAUAUGGAUAGAAAAAAAUAUAUGGGUGCUGCAGUAAGUGCAACCUUGCAAAGGUUCUCUAAAUCCAUCAGGAUUACUGCAGGACUUAGUUCUGCUGUAAUCCCUUUUUGGCUUUCUAUGUUUGAGCAAAAAAUAAUUAUUAUUCAAUAACAAAAGCUAAUCCCAGAUCAUGAUGCUGCCACCACUGUGUUAUGAUGGUUUUUGGUUAUGUUUGGUGUUUGUGUACAAAGUAGCUGUUUAAUUGAAGUUUUUAUCAGUUGAAUGCAGGAUAAAUGUCACAUUUAAGGAGAAAAGCCUUUGUGCACUUAUAAUUUAUAACAUCAUGUUUCCUAAAUAUACUAUGUAGAACAUAAAUAAUUUAUAAUUUGUGUAAAAAUUGAAAAAAAAUCUAAUAUUUUUAGUGAAUUCAUGAAAAACUUUUUUUACUUUGCUUUCUGAUAUCUUCAGUUCUUUGUGACUUCCUGCUUUUAUUCUGCUCUUUUUUCUGCUCCAUUUAAACAAAAGUACUGAGGAAGCAUUCUCUACUCAUCAGUGGCUUAAUACUGGCCUUGUAUUGCACAAUUGUGUGUGUCUGUGGGCUGAUUUGCAUUCAGUGUGAAUGUCACUUGGAUAUGUGUGUGUGUGUGUGUGUCGUCUUUUCACAAAAUCAUGAAAUGUGACAUUUUAUGGAAGGACUUUGGCCAUUUUAGAUAUUUACCUGCAUUUACGUGAAUGUGGUUUUGUGAGUGCCUUUAUAGUGAUGUUCAUGUAUUUCUGAGGGGCUUUUAUGGCACAUGUAAAAACAUUUAGUAGCAUAACUGAACCAGGAAUCCAGUGUAUUUUUUAUGUUUAUAUUUUUUCAGGCACUGUUUAUGAAUGUCAGAAAAUAUAUGGGUGCUGCAGUAAGUGCGGCGGGUCUUUGUUCUGUGAUUAUAUAUAUAUAUGCUUAUGCUGUUUUUUUAUUAUUAGUAAACAUGCUGUAGUUUUUAACUAACCUUGAAAGACUUUGGUUUAUUGCCAUAUUGAUGAUAUUAUGAUACAGUUUGACCAAAAAGUCAGUUAUGGUGGAGCUGGCUUCACAAAUAAGGUCCAUAUCGUUUUCAGUUACAGUUCUGAUCAGAGACUUGCAUCCCAUCAUUAUCUGAGUAACUGGGUAUUUAAUUAUGGACUUUUAAUGACUUGUCAAAGAUUCCCGUUAUAGCUAUUCCUAAACCUGUUUAGAAAUGUGUGCUGUUGAAACAUCCAAUUGUGUUGAUUUUUAUUUUUACCAUGUUGCUGUUUUUUUGAGAUUGAACAAUAUUCUCAACACUUAACUUAAAUUUUUAUGUAAUUCACAUUUGUUUGAUACAAUAUUAGAAAUGCACAGGAGUGCAUAUAAUUCCAUUACUUUUAAAUAAGAACACAUUUUCUGACUAAAAUCCAAUAGCAUAGCUUUUUUGUAGCGAACGCAACUAAUCCAUCUGCAGCUAAAGCUUAAUUUGGAUUAUUUACAUUAACUGAUUAAUAAUUGCAAAAGGUGCUUGAUGUUUUUUUUUGUCUUUUAUGUGCUCUGAAGGUGCUGUUUUUUCAGCAAAUUGCACGUUAUAGCGUUUGUGUGCUAAAUUUAACAAUCACUAAAUUAGUUGGCGAUUAUUUCAAUUAUCGAUUAAUCACAAUUGUUUCAGCCUGAGUGCCUCAGUCUCGCUUUGAAAAAUUAUGUUUCCGUUUCAAAUGCAAAAAGGACAGAGAGCAUGUCAGAAUGAUCAGAACUGUAUCUGGUUCGUAUGUGAAGGCGACAAUCAGAUGAGGCUCGUGAUGUGCACUAUUACACAGACGUUUUAAAUUUUUGCUUCUGGCGCUUUUGUGAAUGAAACCAACAGCUGAUGUGCAUUAAAAUGAUAAUGCAAUAUUGACUGAUAUUUAUCAAGCACAGAUGAGUGCCAUGUAUCUAAAUGUGACUGUUUUUUCCCCCUUCAAUGCUAUGUUUCUAAAUAAACAUUUAGUGCACCAACAGA